AUGCAUGUUAUGUACAAACUUCUGUUCAAGAUUUUAAUAUGUAGCCUGAUACCUAGAGAAUGUAGUACAAAUCAAAUAUCUUGGGAUCACAAGCACUUUUUAUUGUUCUUGGUUAAUAGGGAGAAGAUAAAUAUGAUUGCAUUUAUCUUCAAUCAUAUUUCUGAAGCCAUCAAAGAAACUAUUAAGAAAUACAAGAAAAAUGUUCCUAUGUUAGGCUUCUCUCUGAUAUGUUUCAUUAAUGUCGACCUGUUCAGUUUAUAUGUUUCUGAUGUUUUGGGAGAAAAUCAUGGAAACAUGUUGUCUGGAACUAUUCUAGGCAAAAUGAACAUCAUCAGCAAGAAGAAUGUUAAGAAGCCUUCAACCCAUCUCCAAGAUAUUUCAGAUAAAGCUAAAGUUGUGUUUCAUUCAUCUAGAAAGAGAAAGCUUACUGCUUCUGAAGAUCUCAAGAAGAGUCAGAAGAAGAAAGUUCUGACCUUUAAGGAUGCUCAGAAGGAAGCAAAUGAAGUUGUUGUUACUUCUAUCGUUAGAGUUGCUCCAACGAAGAAGAAGAAGCUAAAGAAAAUGAUCAUCCCUAAAGAAGAAGAAGAAGAAGAAGAAGAAGAAGAAGAAGAAGAAGAAGAAGAAGAAGAAGAAGAAGUGGUUUUGCCUCGUGAAGAGAAAGUUUAA